AUGACCCGUACACGCGUCCUGAGCGAGAAGGAUGUCGUAGUUAAGUUAAUCACUACUAUAACAAAACCCGCUUUAGUCGCGCUCAUUUAUGAUAACAAUCGAGUAUCGGCGAUAUCCGACUUUCGUUCUCGUCAGCGAAAGUUUGAUGCGUAUCCGGCACAGUGCAUAUCAGCUGGAGAAGAUGGACCAUAUUCACUUGCUGGCAACUUAUGUUGUGACUCUAGCAUUCCUCGAAUCAUAGAUAAACAACUCACUGCCACUGAUGGAAUUGGAGCAAUCAGCCGUACCAUCCAAGACCGUAUACAAUCCCGCUUCAACCGAACCUUUGAAGUUGUGAUUUCUGCAUCGGAUUUCGUGAUUAACACCUACUACGCUGGUCCCCAGCAAUGCAAAUUUGAGACGGACUUGUAUUUUGUAGCAUUGUACGAGACGCCAGUUCAGUACGACUUGUUCGACGCCAACACUGAAACGUUUCUGGCAAGUUUCAAUAGUCGAGAUCCUCUAGGUUGGAAGCAGGCGCCGCUUGCGCAGUUGGACGAAGAUCAUCUUGAAGCCACUGCACUCGCACCACCUACGAAUACUGCCAGACCCACCCGCUCGAGCCAUUUUAACUCAACUUUAACCUAUUCUCCUGCGUUCAGACUGCCAGAAGCAGCCUUCCCCGGCUGCUGGCGGGAGAGCUUUUUGCCUGACCCUAAUGUUCCGUACUUAUUCUCCAGCGAGGAAUGCUGCGAUGCUCAUUUGGACGGCUUGAUGAGAGAAGUAGCGCUGCGUUUUGAAAAUGCUCCUCAUCUGGGAGACACUGCCAAGAUUAUCCAAAGGCGACUACAACUGGUAUACAAAAAAUCAUUCGAAGUUAUUAUGAGCAAAGCAAAUUUCGCAAUCUCAAGCUAUUAUCAAGGACACAGCAGUUGCAAAGUCCAUGAAGGAGGAUAUUAUUACCUGGCUUAUCAAACACCCGUUCAGUAUGAUAUCUUCGAUCAUGUGCGAGAGAAUUAUCUGGCGAGCAUUGAUGCCGAAGAGCCCCUAGGAGCUAUAAAACCUGCAAACACAAGGGGAGAACUUCCAGACGUAAGAAUGGAGCCGUCUGCAGGAGACGAUCUCUCUAUCCAACCAGAUGUGCACGAAGCACGAGCAUUACUUUACGAAUCAGCCGGUGCGGAUGAAAAGACUGCAAAUCGAGUGCUAAAUGCACUGGAGCUAAACGACAACGCCUUCGAAGAAGAAGACGAUUUCGCAACGGCUACCAGCAUUGGUGGCUUCCAUGUCGGAGGCAAUAGAAGUUUCGGAGAUGUUAUGUCGUGGGAUAAGAGGAGACUACCUUUCGGAACUCAUUGCAACAAAAAGGACCGCACAGGAGACAAAUGCUGCAGUGGCGCGCUUUUCGAAACGAUGUCAGAUGCCUUCUAUGAGCUGAGCAGUUCACCUAAAUUCGCAACCACAAGUGCUGGGAACAUCGCUAGUCUCAUUCAAAAAAGGGCUCAACUUCGCUUCAAACAAUCGUUCGAGGUGAUUGUGUCUACCAGCAACUUUUCAAUCGCUUCCUAUGGCUUUGGCGAUCAAACUUGCAAGUACAAAGAGAGAGGCUUCACAGUAAUCGCUUAUGCAACUCCCAUACAGUACGACAUUAGCGACAAGGAAGCUGAAGAGUACUAUGCCUCAGUAUCGUCGCAGGACGAACUUGGCGCAACGCAGCCGUCACUUCCUGGCCAGCGACCAUUCCAUACCCUUCUUCGCACCUAUGAUAGAGGUGAUCGUGAAGGUUUUCCGGUUGGAUCACACUGUGGCGCAGAACGAGCAGGCUCAAGAUGCUGUAGCCUCGAUCUUUUCACCAGCAUGCAGAGAUCGUACAAUGAACUGAUCAGAAGAGAUGAUUUUGAUCCAUAUGACCUGAGAAGAAUCGCACGGGCUCUUCAAUACAAUGCCGAGGGGGAUUUAGGCCACAGCGUCGAAGUUAUCGUUUCUACGGAUGAUUUUGCCAUUUCGAGUGCCUAUUCAGGCGAUAAUACUUGCAAAUAUAGAGUGGAUCGUUACUACCUGAUGACUUACGCAUCUCCAAAGCAGUAUCCGCUUUAUACGGAUAUUCAUGAAGACUCCGGGCCAGCUGUUUUUUUGGAUUGUCCGCAAACACUGGAAGAAUUGGACGGCGAAGUCUGUUGCGAUGGAACUCUGCAGUACGAAAUAACACAUGCUAUAGCUGAAGCUAAACAGAAUCGCUCAAGAGCAAACCCGCGGGCAAUGACCGCGGCUGUUUCCGGAAGAGUCCAGAAACGAUUUGGCACGACUUUCGAAACCGUCGUUUCAAAGUCGGACUUCACUUGGCGAACUCAUCGCUAUAGUCGGCACACAUGCAAAAUCGACUCUCAAGGUUAUCAUGCGUUGGCAUAUGAGACCAACAAAGCGAGAUACGUAGAACCAGAAGGCGAUGGAGGCGAGCAAGCUUUUGAAAAGGAAUCUCAGCCGUCGUUACGCAAGGGCAAGGGCAGGGCAAAAGCUUACCAAGCCAAUAUACUUGGUGCUAAUCUUCCUGUACUGGUAACACAACAAUAUGCAGUUGAUGUUGUUGAACAAAAUUACGAAGUUACCUAUCCCGUUCUGCAAUACGACUACUGCUUUUCAACGGAUACUUGGGUGACCACACCUGAAGGGAAAAAGCGCAUGGAUGAAUUGCAAGUUGGCGAUUAUGUUCUGACAGCAAAUUUAACAGCAGCAUAUUUUUCUCCGGUCACGCUUUGGAUGCAUCGCGAACCAGAUGUUACGACAAACUUCGUGACUAUCAUGACUGAGUAUGGGAAAAUGCUUGCCUUGACUCCGGGUCAUCUCAUUUUCAGGACUGAAUGCGAAGAAUUUUACGAUGACAGCGUCAACGAACUUCCAGCGAACCGUGAAGCAGUCUAUGCUGAACAGUUAAGAGUGGGCGACUGCGUUUACCUUCUCUACAAGGACGGUUUCCGAAAACAAAAACUUCAAGAUAUUUCUAUAACGCAGCGACGCGGAGUUUAUUCCCCGCUGACAUUGAACGGGAGAAUAAUCGUCAACGAUAUGUUAGCUUCAUGUUAUAGCGAUGUGAAUCACCCUUUGCUGCAAACUUCUUAUUUCAUGUUGUUGGAUGAUAUUCGGAAAGAAAUUUCUGCACUGUUUGGCUCUUGGUCGGACUCAUGGCUCAAUCAAAUGAUCGAUCGUCCGUUCGGUUCUCAGAUCUCCAAAGAAAUGUUCAAGCUCAUCAUGCCGUAUGCCUCAUUAUGA